AUGGGAACGCAGCCUUGUAAGGAAGUAAAGGGAGGAGGAGGACGACGAUAAGCAGCAGCUCUGCACCGCUGGCCAUGUUUAGAGCCUCUUGGCCAUCCUGCACUGCCACAAACAAUGCCUGCUUCUGCUAAAUUUAAAUCUGGACAGCUUAUCGUCCUGCGCUCACUACGCCAAGCUCACACUCACGCUCACACUCUCACUCACACAGCCGCUGGAUCCACACAGGGAAAGAUAACAGGAGAUCAGGUAUAAAAUACCUCCUCAGGAAAAUGGGACAAACGGACGCUCCAUCCUUCCAUCCUUUGACACUAAAACUCGCUCUGUUCUUCAUAUUUUUAUCCCACAAUCUCCAGGAUGUUGCUGCUGGAGGCUCCAUGCUUCAUGAAGCUUCAGUUCUAGCUAAUAACACAGAAACCUGCUCAGGUAGUUAUGAGUGUAAAGAAGGAGUGAUCCUGCCAAUAUGGAGGCCAGAAUAUCCGUCGUUUGGAGACAAGCUGGCGAGAGCCACUAUCUAUUUCGUUGCGAUGGCAUAUAUGUUCCUUGGGGUCUCCAUCAUUGCGGACCGUUUUAUGGCAUCCAUUGAGGUCAUCACAUCACAAGAGAAGGAAAUCACCAUCAAAAAGCCAAACGGGGAAACCACAACCACUACGGUUCGCAUCUGGAACGAAACUGUGUCCAAUCUGACCCUAAUGGCGUUGGGAUCAUCUGCCCCAGAGAUCAUGCUCUCUGUUGUUGAGGUUUGUGGACACAACUUCGACGCAGGUGAGCUGGGGCCAAACACCAUCGUGGGCAGCGCCGCCUUCAAUAUGUUCGUCAUUAUCGGACUUUGUGUUUCUGUCAUCCCAGACGGCGACCAUCGCAAAGUGAAACAUCUCAGAGUGUUCUUCGUAACUGCAGCCUGGAGCAUCUUUGCUUACACCUGGUUGUACCUGAUCCUGGCUGUGAUUUCUCCAGGUGUUGUGGAGGUGUGGGAGGGUCUACUGACGCUCUUCUUCUUCCCCAUAUGCGUGGUGUUCGCAUGGGUCGCUGACCGCAGACUUCUAUUCUACAAAUACGUUUAUAAAAGGUACAGAGUGGGGAAGCAGCGAGGAAUGAUCAUUGAGACCGAAGGAGAACCGGAACUUCAGUCAAAAACAGAUGUCGAAAUGGACGGACAGAUGCUCGGCUUUCUAGAUGGGACUGCGGAUACGUCUGUGGAGAUGGACGAGGAGGAAACCAGGAGAGAAAUGGCGAAGACUUUAAAGGAACUGAAACAGAAACAUCCAGAAAAAGACAUGGAGCAGCUUGUGGAGAUCGCUAACUACCAACUUCUCAGCCAGCAGCAGAAGAGUCGAGCAUUUUAUCGCUGCCAGGCCACAAGGCUGAUGACCGGUGCAGGAAACAUCCUGAAGAAACAUGCAGCAGAUCAGGCCAGAAGAGCACUGGGCACCUACGAACUACGAUCUGAGGUUUCAGAAAACGAUCUCUCCUCAAAGAUCUUCUUCGAUCCUGGUUCAUACCAAUGUUUGGAAAACUGUGGCUUGGUAGCUCUGAACGUGGUCCGACGUGGAGGCGACUUGACCAGCACGGUUUCUGUGAACUACCGAACGGAAGACGGUACCGCCAACGCAGGCUCGGAUUACCAGUUCACCGAGGGCGUCAUCGUCUUCAAACCGGGUGAGACUGAGAAGGAAAUCCGAGUGGAAAUCAUCGAUGAUGACAUCUUUGAAGAAGAUGAGCAUUUCCUGGUCCACCUGAGCAAUGUCAGGGUCCUGUCUGAGGGAACAAACCAUGAAAAUUCGAUCUCCAAUCACGUGGACAGCCUGGCAGGACUGGGACUUCCAUCCACCGCCACGGUGACCAUCUUUGAUGACGAUCACUCUGGGAUCUUUAUGUUUGAGGAACCAAUGAUGCAUGUCAGCGAGAGCAUCGGGGUGAUGGAGGUGAAGGUGGUGAGGAUGUCUGGAGCUCGAGGGGUCGUCGUGGUUCCAUAUAAAACCAUCGCGGGAACGGCUAAAGGAGGAGGUGAGGACUUUGAGGAUACCUUCGGAGUCCUGGAGUUCCAGAACGACGAGACCUCUAAAUCUGUUCAGAUCAAUAUUAUCGAUGACGAGGAGUACGAAAAGAACAAGAACUUCUUCAUGGAGAUCGGAGAGCCUCGAUUGGUGGAGAUGAGUGAGAGGAAAGCUGUCUUACUGCAUGAGUGUGGUGACUUCGUAAAGACAGAGAAGCAGCUGUUUGGAAGAGAUGUGUACCGGAAGGUGCAAGGUAGAGACAACCCAAUGCCUGCAGACAUCGUCACCAUCACAGAUGAAGGAAUGAAGCAGUCUUUCUCUCAGAAAGAGGAGGAGGAGAUGAGGAUCGCUGAACUGGGACGGCCAUCUUUAGGAGAAAACUCCCGACUGGAAGUUGUCAUCGAGGAGUCCUACGAGUUCAAGAGCACAGUAGAUAAAUUAAUAAAGAAAACGAACUUGGCUCUACUGGUGGGGACAAACACCUGGAGAGAGCAGUUUGUGGAGGCCAUUACAGUCAACUCAGGAGGUGAUGAUGAUGAUGAUGAGGAAGAGUGUGGAGAAGAGAAGCUGCCAUCGUGUUUUGAUUACUUCAUGCACUUCCUGACCAUCUUCUGGAAGGUGGCGUUUGCGUUCGUUCCUCCCACUGAUUACUGGAACGGCUGGGCGUGUUUCAUCAUCUCCAUCUGCAUGAUCGGUCUGCUGACGGCCGUUAUCGGAGACCUGGCUUCGCACUUCGGCUGCACCAUCGGCCUGAAGGACUCGGUCACCGCCGUGGUGUUCGUCGCCCUUGGCACCUCCGUCCCAGACACGUUUGCAAGUAAGGUGGCAGCGAUACAGGAUCAGUAUGCGGACGCGUCCAUAGGGAAUGUGACGGGCAGUAAUGCCGUGAACGUGUUCCUGGGUAUCGGCGUGGCCUGGUCCAUCGCCGCCAUCUUCCACCAGUGGCACGGUAGGGAGUUUCGAGUGGCGCCAGGAACGCUCGCCUUCUCUGUCACGAUCUUCACCAUCUUCGCAUUUGUGUGCAUCGCCGUGCUCAUGUACCGGCGCCGGCCCAACAUAGGGGGCGAGCUGGGGGGGCCACGGGGAGCCAAAAUCCUCACCAGCGGCCUGUUCUUCAGCCUGUGGCUCCUCUACAUCAUCCUGUCCUCACUCGAGGCCUACUGCAUCAUCAAGGGCUUCUGAACACAAACACACACACACACACACACACACACACACACACACACACACACACACACACACACAGAGCAUCCUAGCUAUAUUUAAAGAGACUUUAUUUAGAGACUCACCGCAUCAUCAAGGACUUCUGAGUAUGAUCACCAGCAAGAAAUCACAACUGGACUAUAAAUAAUCAGUCCUAGAACUAAAAUAGAGAAAUAAAAGGGCAGGAAGUGACAUCACAGUACUGUCUACCAUGCCUACUGUAUCAUUACAGGGUUUUAAAAUGAAGAGCGCGAUUACAUUUAUCAGGGUUAGAAAUAAAACCGAGAGAUGUCUGGGGAAGUCGGCCAUUAACACGCCGUUAAGGCCGGUUCACACCGGGACGUGUUUUCAGUGCGGUAACGGUCCUUGUUUAAAUCAGUGUUCACACCCACACGUAAAACACGUGGCAUCAAGGCGGCAAAUUUUUUUUAAUGUCUGGGGGUUCGUUUUUUCUAUUCAUAUUCAACACUUCAUCAAUCUGCAGGAACAUUAACAUUUUUGGGCACAACAGUAGUUGCCUUGUACCCCCCUGUCCCCCCCCGUCCCCUCCAAAAAAAAUCAAUUGUCUGUUAGCCUCUUCACAAAUAGUGUCUGAACAGCUUUUUGCAGACACAAUACUGUCUCUCUUCUUCUUCUCAGUGUCAGAGACGGAAAGUUGUGCAGCGCCACCUUGUGUACCAGAGUAUUUCUGCUUUCCAAUAAGCGCCAUCUACUGUCAGGAAGUGAAUUUGCCCUUUCGUUCAGUGCAUUGCUCGUGUUUAGCGCCUGGGUGUGAACACAAAAAAACGCAUCGAAAAAAACGUCCCGGUGUGAACAGGCCUUUAGAGUUAAUGUAUCAGUGUGUGGGUGUGUCACCAUCAGUGCCUACUUCCUGUCACAUGACUGAGCAGCUCCAGCUUUGGAUUUAGCAGCAAUAAGCGUCUCGCUUGUUAUCUUGAAACUCUUCCAUGACUUUGGGAGAACAGAUUCUCUCAAAUUUCUUCGACAUUCUGAAAAAACAGAAGGAAUUGUUCAGCAGAUGAGCUGUAUUUGUCUCGGAGAUACUGCUGACUGCCAAUCAUUCUGUGACGUGACACGCCCACACUGCUCUGCUUAGGAGGGAAUUGAAUUUCUAUAGUGUUUAACUAGAAUUCAAUGACAGUUAAGGGCCUGUAGUUCUUGAAUCCGCUGUUGGUUAAAGUUUAGGACCUUUAGUAUCAUAAUGAAUAUUUUUCGCAUUUAAAAUCCUGUGAAAGUCGUGUUACGCCUUUAAUCUACGACAUGUUUAUGCUUGUUGUCUACAGUAGGGAUGUCCUGCUCAUCGUCUGUAGCUAGCAGAACUCUAAUGUUAAACCUGAUCUGAGUGUUGGUAUGUUUGAUAUGAAUGUAUGAAUACACAGGUACAAAUCUAACUCCGCCCCAUCAUUCUAACCCCACCCCAUAUGAUAACACUCAACCCUAAUCGAAUCGAACGCCUUCAUCUGUCUGUUCAUGUUCGCAGCUGGAGAAUCGCUGUAGCUGGAGAAGAUGAUCAGUUGUGGGCGUGUCCUAUAGUUUACUGCUGGUUGCCAGGGUUUCACUGGUAGAGCCAGAUUAGUGCUAGUGGCUCCACAAACAGCGUGUCCGGCCACAGAACAUACAGUAUAUAAAACCACUCAUUUUUGUCCACAUGUUGUAUGUCUUAUGCCUAAAAUUGAGAUUUUGCCCAUUUUGUCUGCAAAUCGAAUGUGUUCCUGCUAAGAUAAAAAAAACUUCCGAAGGGAAACGUGCUUGUGUGUAAAAUGCAGUGCAUUGCUAUCUGUAGUCAGAAUGACUCAAAAAUAUUUGCUCUUCAAAUUUGCUGGUGCUUAAACUGGUCACUGGUCAGAGCAGCAGAGUGAGUAGCGCUAUUCAGGAACUGCGAAGAAGAACCAGACCGUACAGGAUUUCACAGUUUGUGAUCAUUGCGGUCAAAAUACUUGAUUUUGCUGUGUUUUUUUUUUUUUCUUCAAAAUUUUCUGAUGCAACUUCUGCUUUUUUGCAGAAAAUUACUUGAAUCUACGAAAUCGCAAUUGCACGAAAUUGUCUUUCGCAGUGAUGCUUGUUGGUAAACGAGAGCUUUUAGCUGUACUCGUGUUCGACGCAUGUGAAUGGAAGACGGCUUUGUCUGAAUGCACAUUACAUGAUGCGUCUUGGCCCAAAUCUGCGGAAAAUCUGCGGUCAUUUUGAAAAAUUGCACGCUCCUCCGAAUAUUGCGGAGUUUGCUUGAUUUUGUGUUCAUUUCUGCGAACACAAAAAUCCUGGAGAGACUGAUGAACCAAUAUGUGGAAUCCCCCCCUCCCCCCCUCCACUAGUCCUUGAUUUUAUCAUUCACCCCGCCCAUUUAUUCUUAGCAUUGCUGUGCCUUCUGUGGCUGUAAAUAACUUCCAGGCGCUUUAUUACAUCAUGCCACUGCUGAUGACACUAACCCCACCCCUUCAUUCUAACCAUAUCCCUUAUCAUAUCCCCGCCCACACAUAUGACCCCACCCCUUCACCCAAACCCCAUCUAUCAAAUGUGUGGAUACUGUUCAUAAGUUUAGGGUUUACUGAAAGGUGUUUAUUAUGUGUGAUACGAAGAACAUCCAAUAUUGUGUGUGUGUAGAAAAGUUAAAAAGCCAUAUAUACGGUCAGGUGCAGGAGUCUGAGAGCACUAAUGACAACUGCUCAUAUUUCAGGAUAAAACACACACACACACACACACACACACACACACACACUUGAGUCUAAAGCAGGGUGUAUUUUUUAUUGGUGAAGAAAUUUAUACAUUUAAAUUGAUACAUUGAAUAAGAUUUAAAGGUCUUCAUAAAACAAUAAAAUAAUAUUGUUUUAA